UCGUUAACCCCUGGCGAGGCGGAAUAGAGCGGAGCUGAGGAAAAAACUCUGAGGAGAAAAGAGGAGGACGAGGCGGCAGCGGCGGCGGCAGCCGUGGCUUGCAUUGCCCUUUCUUGAUACUGCUGCUGCUGUCAUCACCGCCCGUGAAGUGAGGACGGGAAGAAAAAAAACAAAACAAAACGAGGAGAUCAUUCCGAGAGGGGCAAAUAGGACAACGGAGCUUGGCCACCGUCCUCGAAGCCAGCCUCUAUUCCGGUCCCGAGAGCCAGAAGGAGCGGCAGCCAGGCCUGGUCCGCGGUCGCCCUGCCCCCCCUUUCAUUCGUUCCUCUGACCGGCGUCUUGAUUAGCACGAGUGACAGCGCCGGAAAUGAUGCCGAUGAUAUUGACUGUGUUCCUGAGCAAUAAUGAACAAAUUUUGACUGAAGUACCAAUUACUCCUGAAACAACCUGUCGAGAUGUGGUAGAAUUUUGCAAAGAACCUGGUGAAGGUAGCUGCCAUCUUUCUGAAGUGUGGCGUGGAAAUGAAAGACACAUACCGUUUGAUCAUAUGAUGUAUGACCAUCUACAAAAAUGGGGACCUCGUAGAGAGGAAGUGAAAUUUUUUCUCCGACAUGAAGAAUCCCCAACAGAAAGCAGUGAACAGGGACGUCAGAUUCAAAAUCAUAGAAAUGGAAUCUCUAUACCUGUGGAGAAACGUACAGAAAAUGGGGUUGGAAAUCCACGUGUUGAACUCACACUGUCAGAACUUCAGGAUAUGGCUGCUAGGCAGCAACAGCAAAUUGAAAAUCAGCAGCAAAUGUUGGUUGCCAAGGAACAACGUUUGCGUUAUCUCAAACAACAGGAACGCCGUCAGCAACAGUCUGUGUCUGAGAGUGAAAAGCUUCAGAAACUUAAAGAACGAGUAGAGACCCAAGAAACCAAGCUGAAAAAAAUCCGUGCCAUGAGGGGGCAGGUGGACUAUAGCAAAAUUAUGAAUGGCAAUUUGUCUACUGAAAUUGAACAUAUCAGCACCAUGUUCCAGGAGAAGCAACAAGAAUUACAAGCUGCAGUGUUAAAAGUGGACCAGCUUACUCAACAAUUAGAAGACCUAAGAAAAGGGAAAUUGAAUGGGUUCCAGUCUUAUAAUGGACAGAUGACAGGACCUGCAGCUAUAGAAUUAAAAAAAUUAUAUCAAGAGCUACAGAUUCGCAACAGGCUUAAUCAAGAACAGAAUACUAAACUUCAGCAACAGAAAGAACUUUUGAACAAACGUAACAUGGAAGUGGCUAUGAUGGACAAACGAAUCAAUGAGCUACGUGAGCGCCUGUACAAGAAAAAAGUUGAGGCACGUCAAAAAGAAAACAUCCCUUUAAACCGAAUAAAUGGAACGUCCUCCCCACAGUCAUCAUUGAAUGCUUCAGGCAGAGUUGCAGCAGUUGGGCCAUACAUUCAGGUUCCUAGCUCCAACAACUAUGCUGUACCACUUGACCCAGUAAAACCACAGUCCCUCACAAUUACUACUAGCACAACUCAUGGAAGGUCGAAAUCUGAUGAUGGUAAUAGGUGGUCAUGGACAGUAUCAGACCUUGAUGUCAGACCUGAAUACAGCUCUACAUGGUAUCCAAGAAACAAAACUAAUCAGUUUUGGAAAUCUAAUGAUGGAACAUGGCCUGCACUUAAACAAACUGCUGUGGUAAAACCACCACAACUCUCUAAUACAGACUGGAAGGAAUCAAACAUGGAUGCAAGUUUAAAACAAGGAACUAUAUCCAGUCAACCUUUGUCAUCUUCAGGAUUAGGAAGUACUGAUAAACUGAGUCUUGAUGUGGGCAAAAUGCCACCAACUAUUCCUGGUGUAAAUAAACAAUUGCCUCAAAACUAUGGGACCUAUCCAAGCUCUGUUCCUUCAGGACCAGGCUCCACUAAUUCCUUGGAAAGACGAAAAGAUGGCAGCCUGCCAAGGCCUAGUUCUACAGCAGUGAACCGGCAAAGACCUAUUCCUUUACCACCCACAAGUGGCAUUCACCAACCAGGUUCUUCACAGCAGAUACAGCAGAGAAUAUCUGUGCCUCCAAGUCCAACAUACCAACCUUCUAAUGCACCAUUAUUUCCAGGCGGUGAUAGCAGGCCUGAUCUCCCUUUAACAGUGGCCAUUAGGCCUUUCUUAGCUGAAAAAGGUUCAAGACCCCAGUCUCCUAGGAAAGGGCCUCAAACUGUGAAUUCGAGUUCCAUAUAUUCAGUCUAUCUGCAGCAAGCAACUCCACCAAAGAACUAUCAACAAGCUGUGUAUAGUACGCUAAAUAAGUCAGUUAAAGCAGUCUAUGGGAAACCUGUUGUACAGUCUGGCUCAACAUCUCCUUCACCACUUCCCUUCCUUCAAGGAUCUUUGCCUGCCAGUACAUCACAGUCUCAAGCACCAAAUGAUACGAAUGAAAAAGAUCAAGAGCAGGAAGUCACUCCAUCCUCUGGUGAUAACAGUAAUGUAGAAAACAUUCCUCGUCCUCUCAGUCCAACAAAGCUCACUCCUAUUGUUCAUUCACCCCUUCGUUACCAAAGUGAUGCUGAUCUUGAAGCUCUUCGCAGGAAACUUGCCAAUGCUCCUAGGCCUUUGAAGAAGCGAAGUUCUAUCACAGAGCCAGAGGGCCCCAGUGGACCAAAUAUUCAAAAACUCUUAUACCAGCGCUUUAAUACCUUGGCAGGAGGAAUAGAAAGUGCCCCUUUUUAUGAGCCAAGUAACUCGCAAGAUUUCAUCGGUACCUUGGCAGAUGUUGAUAAUGGAAAUAUGAACACUAAUGGCAAUAUUGAGGAUCCAGUUUCAGUACCUUCUACAGUUCCUCUUUCUGAUGAGCCUUCAUCAGAUGCUAACGACAAUGAACUACCUUCUCCUGCAACUGAGGAGUUGAUCAGUGUAGAAACUAUAAAUCAAAUUCCUGAGACAACUGAGGAUGACAACAACAACAACCCUGCUGUGGCUCCUCCUGUUGAGCGGCCUCCUAGUCCAAUACCCAUGGGCAGAUCCCCAGAUGACGAAGAAGUGCAGGUGCUACCUGUUCUUCCUCCUACACCUCUGCUUCCUGUGGCGAAAAGGACCAACCUGAAGAAACCAGACUCAGAGAGAACUGGUCAUACCUUGAGGGUAAAAUUCAAUCCCUUGGCCCUGCUGUUGGAUGCCUCACUAGAGGGAGAAUUUGAUCUAGUGCAAAGGAUCAUAUAUGAGGUGGAUGAUCCCAGCAAACCUAAUGAUGAAGGAAUCACCCCCCUGCACAAUGCAGUUUGUGCUGGCCAUCACCACAUAGUUAAAUUUUUGUUGGAUUUUGGGGUCAACGUUAAUGCAGCAGACAGUGAUGGAUGGACGCCUUUGCAUUGUGCUGCCAGUUGCAACAGUGUUCACCUCUGUAAGUUACUUGUUGAAUCUGGAGCAGCAAUUUUUGCUUCAACUAUAAGUGAUAUAGAAACUGCAGCAGAUAAAUGUGAGGAGAUGGAAGAAGGAUAUAUUCAGUGUUCCCAGUUCCUAUAUGGUGUACAGGAGAAGUUAGGAGUCAUGAACAAAGGCAUAGUUUAUGCCCUGUGGGAUUAUGAAGCUCAGAACAACGAUGAGUUGUCAUUUCAUGAAGGAGAUGCACUUACAAUUUUGCGACGCAAAGAUGACAAUGAGACAGACUGGUGGUGGGCUCGGCUCAAUGACAAGGAAGGCUAUGUGCCUAAAAAUCUCUUGGGGUUAUACCCAAGGAUAAAACCAAGACAGCGAACACUUGCCUGAAUCACUUGAUUUGUCAAUAUUUUUUUCUGGGAACUGAAAGAUGGAAAGUAUACACUGGAGACAUUUGCAAUUACAUUUCACCACAAAUUAAAGCUAUUCUUGUUUUAAAUGGUGCUCUUGUUUAAUAUGAUAGACAGCAUUUGAGAUUUUCGAUCUGCAGUUUUGUAAGUGAGGUCUGCUCCAUAUUAAUAUGCCAAUCAUUGAGAGAGGUACUCAAACAGUCUACAGUAUUUUUUGCCAAUUGAAUUAAAAGUGCUAGAUGUUAAAACCUUUGUAAAAUGCAGAUAUGCUGUCUACUCUGUCAUAGUUCACUGUAGCUGCCCUGUUAUGUCAAGAACAUUACAAUUAAAAUAUUCAAUUGAAUGUUGAUUUUAAUGUGUAAAUCCUUAAAGAUCUUGUAAGAGUUGACAAGUUGAGAGUAAUGAACAAUCUUCUGAUAUAAAAGGUGUUUCUGACAGGACAGAGAAGCAUUUAUCCUGAAUAGAUUUUGCACACUUCUAAAAACUGCACUUGUUCCUUCACUUGAUGUUUCUGCUUAAUAUUCUGCUUACAGUACAAAUUUAUCUUCCCAAUAUUCUAUUACCAUUCCUCAAACACAUCCUGACUUCUAUUUCCUUGACAAUCCUGAUUUAAGGAACUUGUAUGUCUUAUGAAAGAAAAGUGCAAUAGUUGGAAAUGGUAAGAGGUAGGUUAUAAAAGCUAGAAGAUUUACUUUAAGGACAUUUAAAUUUUAUUUGUGAAAGUAGGAAGGUGAUUAAAAGGUUGAAUAAAAAGACAUGUUGGUUCAAUAGACUGAGGCUGAGAAAGGAGAGACGGUUUACUUUUUGGACUGAAAUAGUAUCUGUGAUUCUAGUGACCCUGCUUACCAGGGUGUGAUAUGCAAUAAACCCAGUAUCUACUUUCAAGCGAAGAAGCACUUCACUGGAAUACUAAUUGUACAUGGUUUUAUAUGCAGAAGUCUAUUUUGAAUUUCCCAUUAUGUUGUAACCAUGCUUGUUUUUUUGCCAGUAAAUUCUAGACCAAUUGGCUUUAUUCAUUAUACAUUGUGCAUAAUUUAUAACCAUUCCUGCAGUGCUGUGACUUGCUUUUAUUAUUGUUUAGCAUCAAUUGUAUAUAUUGUGUGAUGAGAAGUGAAAGGGUAUUGUAAAAGAAUAUUUGCUAAAUGAAAUUAAAAGUUAAAAGCCUGCAAUACACUGCUAAUCCAGUGUGCACAAUAAACUACUACUAAGAUA